GUCGGCGAUGGCGGCCACCGUCUCCAGCGCUCGACACCCGCUCUCGCAGCUGGGGCUACCGCUGCCCGUCGCCUCCACCGUCCUGUUCGUCCUCGUUGCCCUCUCCGUACUGACUUUCAGUGAAGCAGCAACGGUCGGUUGCCGGCACGAGGGCGUCACGGUACCGGAGGGCGGUGUGGUGGCGACCGCGGAGCCGUGCCUAUCGUGCCGCUGCUCCUCGGGGUCGCUGCAGUGCCGCCUGCAAGUGUGCCCCCGUAUGCCACAGCCGCAGCAGCUGCCGCCGGGCUGUCGCCUGCAGCUUCAACCGGGGAAAUGCUGUCCGCAGCUCGUUUGCGGUUGCACUGUGGGUGGUCAACAGUACACAGAGGGAGUCCGUAUUGAAGUGGACAGAGCACAGUGUAAGCAAUGUUACUGUAUACGAGGACGAGUGCAAUGCACGACACUGAAGUGUUCUCCACCAAUACAUGGAUGUACUCCAGUAAUCUCUAACAUCACCUGCUGCCCUACAAGAUAUGAGUGCAAUAGACAUGAUGAGGAAAGGGCAACAGGUACUACAAGAGCAUCAUCAAUUGAGGGUACAAUCUCUUCAGUGGGAAAAAAGAAAAAUAAGAUAUUUGAAAGAGUGCCACUGCAAAACUAUAGCACAACUACUAACAAUGCUAAUCGAUCUCCAGGUACACAAGAACGAAUUCAUCGUGAGAUGGGGCCUAUUGACAUGGAAAAUAAAACUGUAUCCAAUAAUGGGACACAAAAUUCUACAGCAAAUAACACGACCACAGAAGAAGUGGAAACAACUACAAGUGACAUUCAGAAUGCAACUACACUCAAUUUCACUUCAGAGGAAAAUGUAACACCUACGAUCAUGACAGAAACAAUUCCAGCUUUUAUUGAGCCUGAAAACACAACAGAGAAUCUAAUACAAAAUGAGACAACUGUAGCAAACAUCAUCACUGCAAUGGAAAGAAUUGAUAAUCUAAGCCCUGAAGACAAUAAAACUGAAAAUGUUACCAGUAAUGAAAUUACAACUGAAGUUACAGAUGAUAUAAUAACCUUGCAAACUGAAUCUACUUUUAUGACAAUCAUACCUACAACAAUCAUAAUGCCAGAAGAACUUGAUACUGUAAAUGUGACAGUUCACACUAAUGUCAGUAUUUCUGAGCCUGGGACUAACAACACAUCACUAUUAAACAACUCAGCUCCAUCAGAAAGGGUUAUACCACCAGAGAUUGAAGCAAUAAUCAACAUAACACAAAAGAAGGAUCCAGAUUAUGAUGAAUAUGACUACAAUGUACCUUCACUUCCGCCAUCACUACCUGGUGUCAGAAUUAUACCUUUUGUGGCAGCAGAUGCAGUUUUGGAGAACAAAGGUAGCCCUACAGUGUACCCAAAGCCAGGGAAACAAAGGCCUACUGACAAUCCAGUUUUCUACAAAGUUUCUCAUCCCAAUCUGUUCUCUCCGCCAAUAGAAACAGAAGGAGGAUUUGUACCUCAAGUGUCAAAUCUUGAUGGACCCUUCUACGAAUCUAAAUAUGACAUCCCGUAUCAUACUACAGGUAUCAACAUUCCUGAAAGUCACAUCCAGUUGGAUAUAACUACUGGAACAAUAAUUCCGCCAUCCAUUACAAUACUACCGAAACCUGAAAAUGAAAGAUGUCUCUCAGAUGGCCAUGAGUAUCGGCAUGGAGCAGUGGUACCCGGUGGAACUAGGUGCUCUACGUGUGCGUGUUACUUUGGCGAAAUUCUUUGCCAGUUAUCACCAGCAGCAGCAUGCCCUCCUCCUCCACCAGGCUGCCGUACUACACCAACAGCAACUCAUCUUGAUCUUAAUACAUGUUGCCCUAGGGUACUUUGUGGUGAUAUGAGUUCGCCAACAACAGCUGUAGACAUACCACAGCUACCUGCACCCCCCAUAAAACCAAAUAUCAUACCAGGAGUGACACGGAAGCCUGUAACUGUGGCAUCUGGUGUUGUGACACCUGACCCAUUUCGUGAUGUUAUUCGUACAGAACCAGCACCUGAUCUCCCGGCUCUCAUUGGUGAUAUGAUGUUACUUGACCUACGCACCUCUACAACUCCAAUGCCAAUUAUUACCAGUGAGACUCCUGCAACUGAUAAAUCAUCAGAACAGCAUGAAACAUCAAGUCCAAGAAGUAACAUCACUCUUGAAAAAUUACCUUUUCUAUUAACAGGUCCUGGUCCAGUUAAUGAUAGCUCGAAAAAUGAAACAGAAAUGAAAGAUGAAGAUGAUUCAGCUCAUUUAUUUGAUAGUGUUUUGCAGUUUCUCUUCCCUGUUGAUUCACCUAAUGUUUCAACAAAGAUGUCUCCAAACAUGUUUAACGCUUCAAAGCCUCCAUCACUGAUUACAAUAAGUAAAAACCACAGUAAUAUAAAUACUAUGAAUUUAAAUAAUUUGCAUAAUGUCAGUGACUCAUCAGAAAUGUCAGCUGUUUUCAUUACUGAUUCUAGUACCCACAAAAGAGAAAAAAAUGAAAAUGAUAAAGACAUGUUAACAACAUUGCCAAAUGGAUCACUAACAACUACUGACCAGCCACAAAUACUGUCUGCAGACCCAGGUGCUGCCUCAGGUUUGCUGAAACUGGCUGGGUGCAAUAUCUAUGGACGCAUGUAUCGUGUUGGUCGUAUUAUUUCUGAACUCUCAGGUCCAUGUCUGGAGUGCAUGUGCACUGAAGUAGGGGUUCAAUGCAGACCACUUGACUGCUGACAUAACGUCUUUCUUUAGUGUCAGUGCAAAGCAGCAUAAGACUUAUGACAGCAGGUGCACAAGGACUACACAUUAUAAUGUUCACUCAGAUGGGCUCACUAUUGUGUGUUACUGUGCACAUGGUUUUGAAUAUUUUAUCUGUAAAUUUAGUAUAAGAGUUUCAUGUAGAUAAACAAAUACUUCUGAGGAGAGAGAUUCCAGAAUUGCAAAUAAAUUAUAGUUGCGUUACAUAUCUGCAGAAGUUCCAUUUUUUUUACUUGCUUAGAAAUUUCUUACAUUAUAGCAUCUUAUAUUAAUAUAGCAUAAUAUGUGUUACAAAAACAUUGAAAGGUAACACAUUUGCUCACAUCUGCAACUUUUUUAAAAUGUCAUUAAGGCUCUAGCAUUCAUAACAUAUUUGUGGCAAAAUAAAAGUAUUAACAACACUUUUACAAUAUUUAGUACUUUUUAAGUAAUCUGUAUUUGAGCCUAAAGUAUGGAAAAUCAUCAAAUCUUGAUUUGAUUUUGGGAUAAGUGAGUCCACUGAGAACAUUUUUGUAGUCAUGUCAUAUAAUGACAUACGCUAAUUUAUUUUUUAAUAUAUGUGCAUUCACAGUCCUGCAUUUCAUUCAAGAAAGAGCUUUUAUUUUUGUUGCAUUUUAGCAUUUUAGUGAAAAUUUGUUAGAUAAAAGUCUGCAGAUUUCGUCUGGCCUAGUAUUUACAAACAGUUAAAAGAGCAUUUCACUUUGUAAAGAAGCCCAUUCAGCAAGGGAAAGAAAUGCAUCUUUUUAUGUGAAUAUACAUGCACCUCAUAUUUUCCACCAUUGACAGGCCUCACCCACCGAAUUUACUUGUGUGCAGGAAAUGUGAUUACAGUAUUACCUCAGUCCAGUUAUAUCUAUUUGAGAUAAAAAAAUCUUGUCACUAACCAUAAUAACACCAUCAGUUCUUGCCACAGCAUUCUUGUCAUUCCUUCAUACCAUGAAAAUUGUGUAAUCUGUUUAGUAAAGUACUAUAUCACACAUGUACAAAUAACAAAAAGACCUUCUUUCAUCAAGACUGUAACAUUUUUAUGAUACUGUGUUUAAACUUUUAUUUAAAUUAUAAUAUGUAGAUAUUAAGUUCUUCCAGUCUUUUGAGAAUGUGUCCACUUUGCUUUGUUAUAAAAGGAACUGAGAUGUUCAAACCAAUUCAAAAUUCUUUAUGUAAUCUUUAAAUAUAGUAAGGAAAGUUCUGGCAAAAUGUAAAUACUUUAGGAAUAAAGGAGACCACUCACCAAAUACCAUAAGAUUGAGUCAUCAACAAAAACACACCAAAGAGGAAGAAUACUUGCUAGCAUUUGGAAAAAAUCCUUUGUUGAGUUAGAGUACAACACACACACACACACACACACACACACACACACACACACACACACCAGUACUCUAUGUUGUUCUGGCUGGACAGUGCUAUUCAAUGAGUGGACUCCUUUACUCCUAAAGUAUUUACUUAAUCUGUAAUAUUUAUGGAAUUAUAAUUUAAUUUUUUCAAGAUCACUGGAACUGAAUGUAGCUUUAUAUUCCCCUUUUAGCUUAACUAAGCAACACAUUUGUUCAAAAUGUUCUCUUGGUGACAUUUAGCUUCUUAUAAUUUUUAAAAUAAAAUGUGUUGGCAAUGAAUAACAUUAUGGCUUGGUUAUUUAUUUGCAUGAGUAUUGUAAAGUAAUUUAGACUCAAUGUGAUAAUAUUAUUAUUAUUUAGGUUUCUAAAGUAGAAUAUCAGAAUAUGCAUUUCAUAGAGCACUGUGGACAUAUUUUGCUGUAAUAUUUAAAUAUCCAAAGUGUUACUUAGUGAUAGACUUAUAUUUAUCAUGAAGAGGUGAUAAAAGGUGCCAAACAGAGGCUUUAAUUAAUUAUACAGAAUAAAUGGAGAACUCUCAAAGGAAGUUCUUGGUUUUGUGUUUCCAUGUUGUCUUGUUGAUUUUUGUUACAUUAUUUUGUAAUGCUUUUUGGUGUGUGUGUAGACUUAUUAAAUAGUAAACAUUGCAAGUAGUUAGUUCUUAAAGUGAGUGCUGUGACAGGUUAGGCACUUUAGUAAAAUAAAGCAAUAGUUUAUGGAGAAAUGUCAUUCAUUGGUGCAAAUUAACAUUUGCAACUCUGACCAUCAUAAUUAUUAGUUCUGUAAGACACUCCAUAAUAAAAGAAGAAGAAGAAAAAGCUUUUAAAAGUAAUAUGCGCACGUGAGAUUAAUUUCAUAAUAGUGUAUUCUUAAUGUAUUUAUGUUAUUUUGGAUGAUGAUUGUUCAAAUUAUAACAAAAAAAUAAACGGAGUGAAAAAACUGAUAGUAACAAAAAUGAGUCCUAAACAUUUACUUUUCAUAUACCUAACUCUUAAUGCAUGCUCAGGUCCUUGUCUGAUAGUGUUAUUACAUAAUGUUUUAUGGUGUGCUCUUACUUUCCAUUCAACAAGUCUUUAAUUUGCUGUUAUUUUUUGUUGUUUUUUGUAACAUACCAUAACUAAAGGAUCACAUUGAAGCAAACUCUUUGCUGCCUGUGAAGUGACUGCCGUUUCCUUCUUUUAGAAAUAUACUGAAGUUUAUGAGAGUAGAAAUAACUAUAGUACCUAAGAAACAAUCAGUAUCACUGUUACUACAAGAAUCCA